UAGAACCUGAGGAUAAGAACAGUAGCGGAACGAAAUCCAGAAUCCUAUCCACCCGCAGGCAUUCACCCAACUGUUUUAGACAGGAGUCCCUUCAAAGCGAAAUCACUCCCAUCUUCUUCUUCUUCUUCCUCCCUCUCUCACUCUCUCUCUCUCUCUCUAUGGAUGCUAUUUCUUCUUCUCUAUGUAUGAAUCAGGCUCUCACCCCACCCCAUUCUUGUCCAAUCAAAUGGUGCAGUGGUGGGUCGGUCUCACGUGUUGGGUUUUCUUCUCCAUGCCUUAGCACUCCAGCUUUUCCUCGUAACUGUGCAAGAAAGCAUAGUGUGAGGGUCAUAAGGGCCUCUGUGGCAGUUGAGCAGCAGACCCAGAAGACCAAAGUUGCACUCAUCAGGAUUGGCACCCGAGGAAGGACAGCCCACUAGCUCUAGCUCAGGCUUAUGAGACUAGAGAUAAACUCAUGGCAACACAUUCAGAGCUAGCUGAAGAGGGGGCUAUACAGAUCGUAAUAAUAAAAACAACAGGUGAUAAAAUACUAAGUCAGCCACUUGCAGACAUAGGUGGGAAGGGCUUGUUCACUAAGGAAAUAGAUGAGGCACUCAUAAAUGGUGAAAUUGACAUUGCCGUCCACUCAAUGAAAGAUGUUCCAACUUACUUACCAGAGAAGACAAUUUUACCAUGUAACCUUCAGCGUGAGGAUGUUCGAGAUGCGUUUAUUUCCCUGAGUGCAGCUUCAGUAGCAGAGCUUCCAGCUGGGAGCACUGUUGGUACUGCUUCACUGAGAAGAAAGUCACAAAUACUCCACAAAUACCCAUCUCUUAAUGUGCUUGAAAAUUUUCGUGGCAAUGUUCAGACACGAUUGAAAAAGUUAAAUGAGGGUGUAGUUCAAGCAACGCUAUUGGCGUUAGCUGGGCUUAAACGCUUAAAUAUGACGGAGAAUGUGACUUCGAUUCUUUCAAUUGAUGAAAUGCUUCCAGCUGUUGCUCAAGGGGCAAUUGGAAUUGCCUGUAGAAGCAAUGACAGUAAAAUGGCCAAUUUCAUAGCCUCUUUGAACCAUGAGGAAACAAGACUAGCAGUUGCCUGUGAGAGGGCCUUCCUUGAGACCUUGGAUGGAUCUUGCCGCACUCCUAUUGCUGGAUAUGCUUCCAAAGAUGAAGAUGGUAACUGCAUAUUUAAAGGGUUGGUAGCUUCCCCAGAUGGAACCCGCGUGCUUGAAACUUCAAGAAAAGGCCUAUAUGCGGUUGAAGAUAUGAUUAUGAUGGGAAAGGAUGCUGGCAAGGAGCUUCUUUCACGGGCUGGUCCUGGCUUUUUUAAUUGUUAAAGUAGGGUAACUGUAGAGGAAGUAAAGUGAGUGAAAUCAUUCAUGUUUUACUCUCAUUAGGUGAUUGCUUCCAAAGGGUGAUUCAUCCUUGGAGCUCUUGUUUUGUUGUAACUUUAAUAAGAAUAAUUGUUUGAUUCGUUGUAAGCUGUAAGACAAAUCAAUCGUGCAAUAGUAGUAGACAUUGUUUUUAUGU